UCACUUGUGCGUACGCAUCAGUGUCGCACACCAAGUAAAGUAGGAAAUCAGGCGGACAGGGCGCAUCUGAAACCUAGAUUUCCAGCCGAUGUGUCAGGUGUAUUUUGACUUCUAGCAGCACACCUGUAUCUAAAACAAUAGCUUUUAUGGCAAAGUACGCAACAGCAUCGUUCCACGACACAUGAACGACAGGAUGAUCCAUCCUGUCUGGAUCAUUCGAUUUAAUUUGGUGCUACCUUCACGAAAAACUCUGGAACGUUGGGAAAAAGAGAGAAAAGAGAAAAAUUACAAGGACUAUGUACCCGAUAAGCUGGAACCAAGACCUUCCGGAUGCAUCCAACUCGCAUUCCUAAUUUGCAACCACCAAGGAGCUCGAGCGACGACUACCGGCGCUUUUGCUUCUGCGUGGUUCUUCAACAGACCACCAAACACGAACGAAUCACCGAACAAUUCUGCCUCCGUUCGGUAUCCUGUCGCGUCUACGAACGCUGCAAACUCGCGGUUACUUACUUCUAAUUCAUCAAUGUAAAAACUAUUAAGAUAUACUUGUCGUUUCGGCCCUUCGCCAUCAGCGACAAACACUGGAUCAUCUGUUCCAACCGAAAAAGUAACUGCAUCUAUUUUUGCCAUGUUUCUCGGACGAUCGAAAUGUUGAUUUCGGUAUAAAUGAGAAGCAUCGUUCGUCGCUUUGCAAUAACCUUGCGUUUCUUUCGAUUGUCUCGUUUGUCGGUUUUGUCGGCUCGCUUCUUGACCGCAAUGACAUUGUUGUUUGCUUAACGGAUCGUUCUCGGAGCAGCUCGGUACACAGCAGAACGUAACGAGAAUGCCUGCGCAUAUCAGUAAACUCGUUGAUCGCGUGUUCAGAACGAACCGGAAUAGAUUUCCCAUUUUCUGGUUUGGAAAUGUUUGUACAGAGAAACGGGCGGAUCGUAUUGUAAUGUAAAGACCUAAUGUUCGAUUGUGAACAUCAGGAACCGAUCACCGUUAACGAGAGUGAAACGGAGAAAGCUCGGAGACUAACAGUCGUGUCGAACACACUUCAGUUCACGUCACAUUACGUUAUUAGACACGGCAAAUUGCAUCGCUCUGUCCUAGAACUACGGCAGGCGAUAACCAAUCCGGCAGUAAAGAAAACGAAACGAAACGAAACUAAACCAAUUGACGGAAGUGGAUGGUGGUGCCAUCUUACGCCACAGAUAGAACUCGUACGAACCGUACCACAAACUACAAAAAUCUGUGACCGUACGAUAUGACUUGGGCGAAUGUGAUUCGCGUGGAACUCAUCCUAGUAUGCCACGUACCAUUUAUACGUAUCUACUCGUGUAAAAUUUGUUAGGUAGAAUGUUUCUAAUGUUUCCGUUUUCUCUGUGAUACGCGAUAGAAAAUUAGUAAAAAUUUACAAUCGGUUUGCUACAGUGUGCGUUUAGUACAUACAAUAACAAUGGUUUCCUUGAAACAUUCCAAACUAGGGUUCUGUACUCUUGGUAUUUUUGUAUGUUACUUCUAUUUUGCUAUGUUACAAGAAAAAAUCACUCGGGGCCAAUACGGAGAUGAAAAGAACAGUGAAAGAUUCACCUAUAUGUUUACUCUAGUUUUCUUUCAAUGCUUAGUCAAUUACCUAUUCGUUAAGACUAGUUUAUUAACAGUGAUGAAGCAAGGCGAAGAUACUACUCCAAAAACAUAUCACGCGAUAUCCUCCCUCACUUAUUUACUCGCAAUGGUGUGCAGUAACAUGGCUUUACAGUUUGUCAGUUAUCCGACACAAGUAAUUGGAAAAGCUGGUAAACCGAUUCCUGUGAUGAUACUCGGAGUACUGCUUGGGAACAAGGUUUAUCCAGUUAGGAAGUAUUUAUUUGUCUUCUUAGUUGUCAUUGGUGUUGCUUUCUUUAUGUACAAAGACGUCAGUCCAUUGAAGAAGGAAGUCGAAGGACAAACUACAUUCGGAGAACUGUUACUGUUACUCUCUUUAACCAUGGAUGGUAUAACCAGCGCCGUACAGGAACGCAUGAGGGCAGAGAAUAAAACCAAGUCUGGACACAUGAUGUUAAACAUGAAUGGAUGGUCGAUAAUAUUCAGUGGAACCGUUAUCCUAAUCUCGGGAGAAUUUCUGGAAUUUGUCCAGUUUUUACGCAAAUAUCCUUUCGUUAUAUGGCAUAUGGCCACAUUUUCGAUAGCAGGCGCGUUUGGGCAGUACUUUAUAUUUCUAACCGUCGCGGAAUUCGGUCCGCUACCGUGUUCUAUUAUAACUACCACUAGAAAGUUUUUCACAGUUCUAGGAUCAGUACUUAUUUUUGGAAAUACUUUGACCACCAGGCAAUGGUUAGGUACAUUCACAGUAUUUGCAGGACUAUUUCUAGACGCUAUGUAUGGUAGGGAUAAAUCUUCCAAAAAGAAUGUAACGAAAUAAGAGAGACGAACGUGUGCGCGAGUGCGUUCGUGUGCAAUUAGGUAUCGUAAUGUGUCGAAGCUCGCGAAAUCUGACGUGUCGAAGGCUUUACGAUUUCGUACAAAACGUGAAGUCGUUAUAUUAUAUUAUAUUAUAUUACAUUAUGU